CAAAUGAUGAGUUUUGGCUUUGUUAAAAACAUGGCUAUUUGAUAACAUCGCACCACUUCACUUUUUACAGUAAUAUUUUAUAAUGCCAUGAGGCAGAGGGAUAGGGGCAAAUAAAUAGGGGUGGGUUGGGGUAAGAGGAACAGGAAGAGACUAGAGGGCUGACAGGCAGGCAGAGAGAGCGAGAGAGCGCGUCAGAGCGCGUCACAGGGAUAUGUGAAGCAUAACUGAUAGCAAUUAGUACUCAUGAAGAAAACUGCCAUGUGAAUCAGUGAUGCCAUACCUAAUCAAUGUGGACACAAGAAAAUGAUGUUUAUCAGAAACUGAACUCCAGGAAAACACAGCUACAGUGACUGUUCAGUCUGUGUCACACUAGAAGUCUUCUACAUGUGUUGUUGUUUACACUGAGACAGACGUAAAUGGAUAUUGUCAUGGAAUACCCAGAGAUCAAAGUUGAAACAGCUGAAGAGGAGCAAUUGGAGGAUCUAAUUAAGGAGGUGGAUGUUGAGAGAGUUGUUGAGGGAGGGACAGAGCCAAUAACAGGCCAGAACAACGAUGAAGACUCCAGUGUGGAAGAGGAUGCCACUGCCAGACAUGGACAGAUUGGAAAAGCCAACACUGAAAGUGGAGAUGGAGACAAAAGAAAAAAGGACAACCAAAGAAAUAAAGCAAAAGGAGAGACUGGGACAGAGGAGGGGGUUGAGCACAUUAAAGGGAUGGAUAGAUUAGGAAUGGAUAGACCGAAAAUAGAGGGGAUGGCGAUGGUGGAUAUAACAGAACAAGAUUUGGAGACGGACAAACCAUCACAAGGAUUACAAGUUGGCGCAAAUAGACAUCUUCCCUUUGACCACUUGCCCAAAGAUACGCUGAGCCCAGAGCAUGCCCAAAAACAGGCUCAACGGUUAACCCCUUAUUUCCCAGACGCGCUGUAUGACCUGGUCUUUACUCUGCAAGAAGGAAGACGACUCAAUGACCAGCGGUGCUCGUUCAGAGGGAGGAGAAGGUGCCAUUCUGAACCCAACACCUACAUUCCAGCCCACAGAGCCCACAGAGUGCAUUUCUCCUCAAUGACUUCGCUGCAGAAAGAUGAAUUCUUUGACUUGGUGGCUACUUCCCAAGGUCGUCGGCUUGAUGACCAGCGGGCGGAACUACAUGACACCCCACCCCCUAAGUCGAAAGCCAAUAAGAAGAGGAGCAGCGUAAAAGAUACAAAGCCUAAAAAGUCUGCUCCAAUUGCAGUGCAUAACGAGGACUUGUACAAUAUGAUUCUCAUCUCGCAAGCCCAGGGUAGGCUGGAGGAGCAGCGCAGUGCGGCCCCGGGCCCCAUGGAUGAUGAAGACUUCUUUUCCUUACUGCUGAGUGUCCAGGGAGGACGCAUGGAGGACCAGAGGACUGAGCUGCCUGGGAUUCUGGGAACCUGAGAGAUGCACAUGUUGGAGAGAUGACUCGGACCAUGUGGUGUAGCCCUAUAGUGCCAUGGCUUUUGCUUCUUCACCUUGCCAGACCAGGCAUGACCAUUUUGUUCUGUUAUGGUCUGAGUUGACAGUACCAUCUGUUUCGAUGACUGCAUCAGUAAUUUUAUUUUUUAAAUGGUAUGUGAUUAAUAGAGGCGUCAAUUCAGCUGCAUAAUACUAUAUAGACUAAUUACAAUGUUUGUUGUACGAUAUUAAGCUUACAGAGUGGGUAGAUUUGUAUGUUGACUGCACAAUAAUUUGCAUGAUGUUCAAAAUGCCCCUAAGCUUUGGGGUGCUUUAAAUGUAUUUAUUGUGAUAUGAGGAAAUGAGUUUUGCUCAGCACAGCAGUGAAUGAGUAUCAAUGAGAGUGUUUGAUUGUGUUUCCAUCUUGUAUUUGAAUAAAGCCCCUCACGAGAAUAAA